AUGGCCGCUAUUAUCAACACGGUCAAGAACACCAUCGCGGAGAAUUUUGGUGGAAGCCAUUCUCUUGCUUCAAAAGCAAAUCAAUUCUCUUUAGCUGCCGUCCCGGACCAGAGUCACAAAGUUGCGGUUAUCACUGGGGGUUCGAGGGGAAUUGGGUACGCGUGUGCACAUACGCUUUUGGAGAAGAACAUCGAGAAACUAUUCAUCAUAGGUAGUACGAAGGAAAGUCUCGAUGGUGCUUCAUCAGACAUAUCUUCCACCCUAGGGUCUUCCUACACCUCCAAAGUCAAAUUCCUUCAGGCCGACAUGGGCGACUGGAAAUCAAUUCCUGGCAUCGCAAAGCAAAUCACCGACUCCACCGACCGCCUCGACAUCCUGAUCAACUGUGCCGCUCGCGGUAUCAUGACUUACCAACUAACUCCUUACGGUGUUGACAGACACAUGGCUGUCAAUCAUAUGGGUCAUGUUAUUCUUACUUCGCAUCUCCUCCCAUUGAUCAAGUCUACCGCAAAGAAGAGUCCCGAGGACAAAGUUCGUUUGGUCAUGUUCGGCUCUAAUGCACACCAAGGCACACCUAGCGACUGUAAAUUCGCCAGCCUCGACGAACUGAACCAAGAUCUCGGGCCCAAUGGACAAUACGGCCGCUCGAAACUAGCACAGAUGCUAUACGCUAAAAACCUCAACAAGCACCUGAAAGAGAAGUAUCCAAACAUCAUUGCAAACAGCAUACAUCCUGGUUUCGUGGAUACGAAAAUGAGCACCGAGGAGAUCCAUGAGCCCUAUCCAGUCGCCGGAUAUGCGAUGAGCGUGGGAAUGAAGCCGUUCAAGAAGAGUCAGUGGGAAGGGGCUGUCAGUGCUAUGUUCUGUGCGACGGCAAGUGAGGAGGGUGGACUGUAUGUCUGUCCGCCUGCUGUUGUGGAGGAGGGCAGUAAGCUGUAUCAGGAUGAGGAUGUGGAGGAAAAUUUGAUGAAAUUAACACUGGAUGUCGUUAGAGAGAAGAUGGAUCCUUCGAAGGAAGGGUGCCCAAUGCAGUUGUACUAG